AUGAACAACAGCCCAAAAAAUCUGUCUCUUCUGGGUCUGAAUGUAGGAGAAUUUUACAAGAUGGUCAGUGAGGCAGAUGAAACUGAUCUAAAUAUACACGUAUUGGCUGUCAUGCUACCACAUUAUGAUGGCUUGAGCUUGUGCACCAGUGUCUGUGAGGGUUUGCUUUUGUUUACAGCUUGCCUGCAGCUACAUUUUGAUCUCUGUUUCAGGCUCCUGUUAGUGUGUACUGCAUUUGGAGGAAUUGAAAUGGCUGUGUUUUUUUAUCAUUGCUCUCGGUCUGCUUCUAGUUUAGCUGCUGAAGUUAAACUUUUAUUGCAUCAUAGGCUUAUCACUGCUUUUUAUAUUUGCUGGGGAUGCCUUGUAUGGGUGCCUUCUAUAUAUACUUCUCCUGGCAUGUACCUGGUCAAUCAUCCUGUACACCUUGGAACUCAGUUGGCACUCUACAUCCUAGUAGCAGGCAUUCUUUGCAUAUACAUCAACUACGACUGUGAUAGGCAAAGGCAAGAGUUUCGCAGAACAAAUGGCAAAGCUUUGGUUUGGGGUAAAGCUCCAUCAAAGAUAACUGCCACUUACACUACCACAACUGGGGAAACAAAAAGCAGCAUUCUUUUAACUUCGGGAUGGUGGGGAUUAGCUCGACAUUUCCACUAUGUCCCAGAAAUAUUAGCUGCAUUUUUCUGGACUGUUCCAGCUCUUUUUAACCACGCUUUACCCUACUUUUAUGUGGUGUUUCUUACAAUCCUUCUCCUCGACCGGGCGAAAAGGGAUGAUGAUCGGUGCCGAUCCAAGUAUGGAAAAUACUGGAAAUCGUACUGCGAGAAGGUUAGGUACAGGGUCAUCCCCGGAAUUUACUGAGAAAAUGUUGCACAAGUGUUUGUUCUAUGUUGAGAAUGGCAUGUAUAUUCAGCCUUUCCAAAUUAAAUGAUGGCAGGCUGGUAUCAUGUUGUUGUUAUUGUUGUUUUUGUAAUGGUCAACUUUAUGGAUGUUGUAUUUCUCUCAUCUUCAAUGACCAAAAACUUUUCUUGUUUAGGAAAA